CUUUGGAGCAAAUCCCAUUUGGUAUGGAUCCCAAAGCAAAUGGGAUUUUCAUUAUUUCCUUAAGAUAGAGUUCAACAGACUUUAUUCAUGUCCAUAUUAACUAAUCAUUGAACCAUGAAUAAUAGUAUUGAGUUACAUGAAAAAAAAACCCUCCAUUCAGUACUUGAGUAAUAUAAAGAUAAGCAGCUGCACUGAGUAAAAUAAAACUGAACAUUUGAGCAUGUGAUAUUCAUUUUUUAUUGUUUAAACUCAUAGAUUCCUGCUCAGAGUUGUGGUAUUUUGUAACACUAAUCCGUGAGUUCCUAACCUGGUUGGGCUCCCUCCAAAAGGUCAUUAGGUAAAUCUGGGGCGCUGGCAGAUGAUUCAUGUAAGAGGAAUGAAGGAAAAUCCCGGAUCUGCAUGAGAAUUUUGUUUUGGUAGUUUUUAAUUUUCACUAACACUGUAGACUUGCAUCUCUUUGAGCUGGUAGUUAGUCCAUUUCAGGCACUUAAAGUAAAAAUAUUGUUGGAGCUGUUUACGAUUAAUAAUAUACCUUAAACAUGAUAAAGAGGCUCUAAUUAGCUGCUGCCUUUGGAAACCUGUGGAUUAAAUCGUGACAUUAAUGUGUGUUUUACAGGUUUAUCUGUAUUGGGAUAGUAUAUGGCUGCAUGAUAAAUGGAUUUAACUUGAAGGGAAAUAUCCUUUACUUGACUGUGGUGGAGUAGAAAUAAAAAAGGCACCAAAUGGAAAUAAAACAACUUUUUUUUUUUUUUUUUAAUAAAUAAAAAAUAUACAGCACAGAGAAUAUACUACUCUGGGGUCAUUUGUGCCCUCGGAAAAUAUCAGAAUAACUCAUCAGACAAUCCUCACAUUCACUUGUUUGUCAGCUCACAUGUGCAGCAGAGGGUGUCAGCUGAGACUGCUGGUGGAAAGUUUGCUGACAAUGAGAGUAUACCCUCAUCACUGACAAGCUCUACAAAGAUCUGGAGGGAAAUUUCAGGCUGGAUUUAAAGCGAUUAGUCUCCCAUGAUGAUUUACUUUACAGUUUACAGUAGGGUCAAACUAGAAAGCAGAUUUUUAUUUUUUAGGUAAAUUUGCGUUAGUUCUUUCAUCCUUAUGAAAAUGACUCCGAAAAUCAGUGAAAUAGUUGUGAGACAACAUUUUCUCUCAAAUUUAAAGAAUCAACCAUAAAGGAUUACUUUUUUCAUCCAUAAAACUAAAUACACUGUGUCAUUUGACCAUAUGUGGCCACAGGUGGGUGUACAAUCUGCUCUAUCGAAGACAUAUCUGACCUGAUGUUCUGCUUGUUUUUCUUUCUUUUAUCGCAUGAAAUCAGACAUGAAGUCAGACUUUGGAACAAAGUCCCUACACAACAUUUUAUAGUCCCUCCAGGCUGUUCCUCCCUAUUCACCCAGAUCUUGAGUCCAGCUCCCAGCUCUGCCGUCAGGUGAUCAUCACAAGACCAGUGGCUUAAUCCUCCUAAAGCUCUACAAAAGCAAGAACAGAAAUUAGGGGCUUUCUUAAUGUGCAUGAAACCAAGUGGAACACAACAUGAUUCGGCUUUAAGUGUUUCCACUGAUCUCAAAAACUAUCACUGUAUCUAAUCUGAAGAUACACAACUGUGGACCGUAGCAGACUGUGAUUCCACACUCGUCUGAGGGAACUAAUCGACCGUAUUUCGGCUCUAAUUUGAUGCACAAACUGAUUUGAGUGGGAGAAAACAGGUGAAAUAUGAAGAGCGCUUUGGGUCUAAGUCUUCUGUGUUUGCUGCUUUGGCCGGAAUCUGCCGAAGCUCAGUUUCCUCGUGUUUGCUGCACAGUCCAGGGGAUCCUGUCGAAGCAGUGCUGCCCUGCUCUGGGCUCGGAUCCUGCUAACGUGUGUGGCGUGCUGUCUGGUAGAGGAAGCUGUGUGCCUGUUCGAGUGGAUGAGAAACCCUGGGGAGGACCGUACAGUUUGAGAAAUGUGGAUGACAGAGAGAGAUGGCCGACCAAAUUCUUCAACCAGACUUGCAGGUGUAACGGUGAGUAACCCUUACUGAGAUCCUGUUCAGGUGAUCUAGAUAAUGACACGUUAAACAGAGAACAUCACCUGCAUAGAAAUGAUUUAACAGGGGAGGAUUGCUCUCUGUGUUACAGGUAACUUCUCAGGCUUUGACUGUGGUCAGUGUAAAUUUGGCUGGAUAGGACCAAACUGUGACCAGAGGAAGACCCCUGUGGUGCGAAAGAAUAUCCUCUCCCUGACCCCCCAGGAGCUCGAGGAGUUCCUUGAUGCUCUGGACCUGGCUAAGAGUAGCAUCCACCCAGACUAUGUCAUUGCAAAGGAGCACUGGCUGGGACUCUUGGGACCAAACGGCGAUGAACCUCAAAUUAACAACAUCUCCGUUUAUGACUUAUUUGUGUGGCAGCAUUACUACUCAGUCAGAGACACUCUUCUGGGUAAAUCAUUAUAUUUCCUGAUGAAACUAUUCAAAGUUGUUGGUUUAUGUGGUUGACCGUCUGAAUUAGUAUAUUAGAAUGACAUAAAUAUUAUUACAAAAAUUGACAUUAACAUAAUAAUAGGGGAACAUGUUAUUAGAUGUGUGGAUUUUUUUAAAUUACUGCUUGAGGUGGUAGAUUUGUGGACUCAGUGUUUAGGUUAAUGGCAAAAAUAUCACCAUGAAACACAGCGUAUAAUAAUUUUCUUGGAAAAGCAAGAGAAAUAUUAGAAAAUCUCAUAACUAAAUGAACAAAAUUUGAACCACAUUCAUUGUUUUCAGACAUCAGAAUAUAGUUGUGAGCUGAUAUAACAUCUUAAUCCACACUUUCUCACCAUACAUGCAUUUUAGGUUGUAAAGAUAAAGUUUGAAAAUCUCCAUAAAUGAAAAAAAAGUUGUUAUUUUAUUAUUCCUCUCAGACAAAUUCAGGCGGGGCAGGAGGUUGUGUUUUGAUUUCAGAUUUUAUAACAUUGGGUUUAGGAUUUGUUUUUUGUGGGAAAUCAGAGGAGGGAUGGAUUACAAAGUAUUAAUAUUUCUUUCACAGCUAUUGGAGUGGAAUGUGCACAUGAAUGCCUUGUGAUCACAUAGAUUAACUCAUGGAUCACUUUGUUUUCCUGCAGGCCCCGGGCGCCCAUUCAAAGCCAUUGAUUUCUCACACAAAGGACCAGCAUUCAUAACCUGGCACAGAUACCACCUCCUCACCCUGGAAAGAGAGCUACAGGUGUGUGAAAGCUUUUUGGAUUUAUGUAGAUUUGGAUAGGAUUUAUAAAACUCCCUACUGUAAAAUGUUUAACUAUGAAAUUUCAUAAUUUUCAUUUGGAUUGAUCAAAUUUUCACUGUUUCAGCAAUUGUUGUUCUCUUGAAAAGUUGAAAAGCUUUUUAUUUUAAAAAGGUUUAACAUUUAUGGUCACAUCAGUGUCCGGUAUAUUUAAGAAACAGAAGAAAAACAAAGAGUGUGUUCUCUGUCUAAUACUCAUCAGAAAUCAGAGCAGUCAUAGUGACACUAUUAAGCACUAAAUAUAUGUUGAAGCAGGGGUGUGUCUAGACUGCUUUGACUGGGGUGGCCGUGCCCAAGCGAUGACAAAUGUGGGGCUGGCAAAAAGAACAUGCAGUUUUUAUCCACAGAAAUCAUAUUUAACUAUUUAUAAGUUUAAAUUUUUCCAUAAUUAAAAAUAUAUAUAUAUAUAUUACAUUCAGUAAUACACAGAGGUACAAUAUAUUUCACAUGCUCAGUUUUUUAAAGUCUUUAAAAAUAUAUAUUUCCGUAGUAGUCACAAUUUAAAGUACCAACAAACUAAAUCGUGAUACUGAAACACUGACUUUGGUGCUAGCAGCCAAUUGCAAUCCUGACGUUGUUUUUAGGAUUGCAGUUUAGGAUUGCAGUGCACCUGCAGUGACUGAUCAGAUUUCAGAGGAAGCCCGUGCCACCCUUGGACACACAUCCUUGUUGAUGUCCAGAUUGUGAUGAUAAUUUUACCAUGAUGUUAUUUGAUCCUGUCAGCGGCUGACCGGCAACCCAAACUUUGCAGUCCCGUACUGGAACUUUGCCACAGGGCAGAAAGAGUGUGAUGUGUGCACUGACUCCAUGCUGGGAGGAAGAGACCCAGACAACCCUUCGUUCAUCAGCAGCCAGUCCAGAUUCUCCAGAUGGGGAACAAUAUGUAACAGGUCAGCACACAAAACUAACAGGAAAGAAAAAUACAGAAGUUACAGGGUGGAAAAUUUUAGAAAUUGGUAUAACAUUCCAGUAUUUCUAUGAUUUCUUCUCACAGCUUGGAUGAUUACAAUCGUCUGGUCACCCUUUGUAAUGGUACUAAUGAGGGUUUCAUUCAGAGAGGACUGAUAGACAGAGGAAAUGUGUCUCUGCCCACCAUGAAUGAUGUCCGAAGCUGUCUUGGAAUCAGAGACUUUGAUAAUCCUCCGUACUACACAAACUCCUCAUCUAGUUUCAGGUAUAACUCAUAUCUACAUAAGUAUUGAAAAUAAGUGUGUAUCUGUCAUUUUAGUCUAUCAAGGCGGCUCAUGUAUUCGAUGUUUUUUUUCACAGAAACGCUCUGGAGGGCUAUGAAAAACCAGACGGACAACUGGAUGAAUCAGUCAUGAACCUUCACAACCUGGUCCAUGACGUCCUUAACGGAACCAGUUCCUUGUCUCACUCUGCAGCCAACGACCCCAUCUUUGUGGUUAGAUUAUGAUAUCAUGGUUUUCUCUGCUGCUGCUGUUGCUGUUGAAAACCCUAUGGUGUUCACGGAUGUUUGUCUCACAGGUGCUCCACGCCUUCACUGACGCCAUUUUUGACGAGUGGAUGAAGAAGUUUGCCCCCUCAAACGCCACCUUCCCAGAUCAGAUGGCCCCCAUUGGUCACAACAGGGACUACAACAUGGUUCCCUUCUUCCCUGCCAUCACCAAUGAAGAGAUAUACAUCCCAUCUGAGCAGCUGGGAUAUUCCUACGCUGUAGACCUGGAGGGUGAGGAAGUGCUUCUUUCACUUAUUUAUUUAUCUUAAGUAAUGUUUUGACAUUAUAAUACGAUUAAACGUUUUAUCGCUGGGAGUUCAAAGAGAUUAAUUUUGUUUAUAAAUCCAUCCAGUAAAUAUGAGAUUAGCUCAAGUUAGUUUAGCUUAGUUUAGCUUAUAGAGUAAAGACAGCAGGCAUAUUAUUAUAGGCUUGAAAAAUGUGAACUUGCUAACAGAGUAGCACUCUGUUGUGGGAUUGUUUAAUGUUGUACAAUCACACAGAUGGGUAAAUCAUUCAUUAACGACAGCAAAGAGAUUAUCUUUGAAGCAAGUCUGUGCUAAAAUUCAAAGCCAUAUCAAAUCUGUCAAACUCGCUUUGUUAACUUUAGUGUUUUUAUCGUUCAUAUUUGGUUUUCUCCUGCUAAAAAAAAAAAAAAAAAAAGCCUAACAAUGAACAUCCCCAUCUGUGCUUCUUCUUUGCAGAGGCAGAUGGAGGGCCGAGUGUAUUUGUGCUGGGCUCCACUCUGGGGGGUAUCUUCAUCGGUCUCCUGGUGCUUCUCCUUAUCUUUGUGCUCUGGCUGCGUCAGCGGAGAAACAGAGGCUUUGAACCUCUGAUAAAAGCAGACUUCACAACCAGAAAGUACACAGAGGAGGCGUAGAUGUUCACCUGUCGCACUUCAGUCCUUACACAUACCUAAGAGAGAUGGAGCAGCUGAUCUAAAAUGCUCUGUGGGCAAGAGGAAGAUAAUUCUGUAAAAAAACAAAGAAAUCAAACUGUCUAGGUUUCAAGUCUAAUUUAUUAGAACAGUAAUGUGAAUCAAAUAGUGUCCAAUAAGGAGUAAUGAUAGAGAUUUAACACAAGUUUCACGUGGGAUCAAUCAAAAUAACUGUAAACUUUAAAUGGUUUGGUGACUUUCUUUUACAAAAUCACAAAUACAAACCUACUGGGAUGUUUUUAAUAAAUAUUUAUUGUCAAGAACAGUAACAAAACACAAAUGUAAUCAUCUUAAUUGCACUGAAAAACGAUAAGGCAUAUUUUCUCUACAGCUUCCUCUGCCCUCUUGGUUUGAAUUGAAAUUCAAAUGUAAAACUAACUUUACCUCAUCAGGAUUGAACCUCAUACAGCAAUGCAUUGAUUGUAAAAAAUGUCUUACAGCGUUUCCUGCUACUUCUACUUUGUAGGUAAUUUGUCUCACCAGACAUCCAUUUUAAAUAUUUUAUUGCAAAAAUAUUACCAUGAAAAGUUCAAUGAUACAAAACAUAAAAAGGGCAUCCUGUAAGAUCAUUAUUGGUAAUAAAGAAUCCUUUUAAAUGAGACAUCUGACACAUUAUCUCUUCUUGCUAUGCUAAUGAAAAUGCUGUCAUGAUUGCUAUGAUUAAAAAAGCUCAACAUAUAUUCAUGUAUGUACUGCUAAGGAUGUUAACACUGGUUAAUUCUGUGGAUAUGUAAGCUUAGCUGGCCUGGUGGUUAUGGAGCUGACGGGCUCUCAGAGAACAGUGGACGUACAUACCGGCUGGUUUUUGUCCGCCCCCCUCAGCAGUGCCAGGCCUCUCACAUUCUCUGUAAGUACGCUCUACUGAGGAGCUUCAGCGGAGCAUUCAGGCCUGUCCAGUCUCCACAGAUUCUCAUUUCACAGGUGACUGUGGUCGGCUUCAAGCCUGUCUGUGCUGCAGACACAACCAUUCAAGCUUUACAGAUAAAUUUAGGUGCCUUUUCUUUGCAUUUUCAGUAACCACUGUGUGCUGUUUGCUGCUUCGUCUUUAAUAAUUCCUGCACCUUUUACAUAACUGUGGUGAUAAAAUAAAAAUGAAAAAAAAAAAAAAUCUACAUUGAACUUCACUUUUAAUACUUCAGUUUUGUAGUUUUUUUUGGUAUAACACUACCACAUAUUUCAACAACUUUUUUUUUUUAAUUCAAACUGUGAAUGUAGUUAGAUAAGCUUUGGCUAACAAUCACAUAUGCCC